AUGCCAAAUGCACCUCAGAAGAGAUACAAAAUGAUGCACUAUAUUGACCUUCCCGAAAUCAGCGAUUCAGAUUUUUCGCCGAUGUCGUAUAAUUCAGAAAAUGAAAUUGAACACUCACCUGAUACUACACCCAACGAAAAACCUGACUCGUACUUUCCAGGCUUUGUUUCCGCUCGGCGUAGUAUGGAUGAACCGGUCACCCCCAAAAGACAGAAGCUCGACCGGUCGUCGGAAAGUAGUGCAAGUCCCUCGCCUGUCAGCCCUUCUAAUCCUAAGCCUUUCAGAUGGAAUGAGGUGGCGAGGGCAAGCCCAGAGGCCAUCGCUGCUUACUUCCGCGAACAGGAUAGGCAAGCGAUGAUUGCAAAAGCCAAUAACCUCCCUCCACCCGUUGACAGGUUACUACCGAUAGAUACAAGUUCCACCUUUGCGUUCAAAAGGCGCGCUACUGUUUCUGACUUUCCUCCUAGACGUAAUCAGAUUUGGAAGGGGAAUGGGGCGUAUCAAUCCUUUGGUCAAGCCAUCUCUUCCGCAAGUUUGACGCCCUCUGGCAUUUCGACCCCUGGUAAUGCAUGGUCACACAAUGAACCAACUAAGUAUACAUCCACUCCAUUUUCCGCACCCCCAGGGCUAUCGGGUCGCGGUCGCUCGACUUCGGAUUAUACCACUCCCCGCCGCGUCAACAGCACGCCACUCCCUUCAAAUUCACUACUUUUGCAGAGUGAUUUGGGUCAAUCUAAACCUGCCUUAGAUUUUAGUGUUCAUACCUCUUUGACGAUGGUUGAUAAUCAAGGAUUUAAUUCUGAACGAUCUAGUGACGGAAUAGCUGCCGCAGUACCCUCCUUGAUAUCUCAGAUUGAAGACGGCGACGAUGAUUGGGAAGACAUCUAUGUGUGA